GCCAUAAAAGGCUGGCUGUGGGGCCUGACAUUCUGCUGUCUGACCACAUGCCUUAUUUUGGAACUGGGCCCCAGGGUCCUGUCUCCAGUCGGCCUCUUUUCCUUGGAUCCAGCCUAGCUGAGGUUUUCAUCGUCUCCUGCAGCCCCUCACGGCAUCGGAACAUUCCCAUCAACGUUGGUCCUUUGGAGGCUGGUCGCCUGCUUCCCUGCGGGACACAAGAUGGCUCUGCCUUUUUAUCAGAAGUCCCACCAGCACUAUGACCUCAGCUACCGCGACAAAGACCUUCGCACCACCGUGAGCCAUUACCAGCAGGAGAAGAAGCACUCUGCCAUCUACACACACGGCUCCGCAGCCUACACCAGCCGCUCCUCUGCUGCCCACCGCCAGGAGUCCGAGGCUUUCAGCCAGGUGGCGGCCUCCUCCCAGCAGCAGGCCUCACACUACUCCCUAGGGGCUGAAGUCAGCCGCAAAGCCACCUCAGCCUAUGACUACGGCUACUCCCACGGGCUUACCGGCUCCAGUUUGCUGCUAGAAGAUUAUUCAUCCAGCUUGAGCCCCAAAACAAAGAGAGCAAAGCACAGUCUUCAAUCCGGAGAGGAGAAGGAAAAUCUGCCAGGAAACUACAUGGUGCCUAUUUAUUCUGGGCGGCAAGUGCACGUCAGUGGAAUUACAGACACAGAAGAAGAGAGAAUUAAAGAGGCGGCUGCUUAUAUAGCCCAGAGAAAUCUCCUUGCUAGUGAGGAAGAGAUCAGGACGUCCAAACAACUCACAAGAUCCAAACGGUCUGCCGUGUCCAAACAGGCCACAUCUACCUUGGAGCAGGAGGAAACAUUUGAAAAGUCAAGGGAAGCCACCAUUCGAGAAAAGGCAGACCUCCUGUCCCUGAGAAAAACAUUAGAAGAAACCCAGGCAUAUCAUGGAAAGUUGAAUGAGGACCAUCUUCUCCACGCUCCGGAGUUCAUCAUUAAACCUCGCUCCCACACGGUGUGGGAGAAGGAGAGCGUGAAACUGCACUGCUCCGUGGCAGGCUGGCCAGAGCCCCGCGUCACAUGGUAUAAAAACCAGGUACCAAUAAACGUCCAUGCAAACCCUGGAAAGUACAUUAUUGAGAGUCGAUAUGGAAUGCACACUUUGGAGAUCAACACGUGUGACUUCGAAGACACAGCUCAGUACCGGGCCUCGGCCAUGAACGUCAAAGGAGAGCUUUCAGCCUACGCAUCAGUUGUGGUAAAGAGGUACAAGGGAGAGUUUGAUGACCUGCACUUCCAUGCCAGGGCUGCCUCCAGGCCCCUCAGCUUUGCUGUGACCCCUUAUGGUUACGCAUCCAAGUUUGAGAUCCACUUUGAUGACAAGUUUGACGUGUCCUUUGGGAGAGAGGGAGAGACAAUGAGUCUGGGCUGUCGUGUGGUCAUCACUCCUGAAAUCAAGCAUUUCCAGCCAGAAAUCCAGUGGUACAGGAAUGGGGCACCUGUUUCUCCAUCCAAAUGGGUGCAAACACAAUGGAGCGGUGAUCGGGCAACCCUGACAUUUUCUCAUCUCAACAAGGAAGAUGAAGGCCUCUACAUGAUCUGCGUACGGAUGGGAGAGUAUUCUGAGCAAUAUGGUGCUUAUGUCUUUGUCCGAGAUGCGGACGCCGAGAUCGAAGGCGCCCCCGCCGCACCCCUGGAUGUGGAGAGCUUGGAAGCCAACAAAGACUACAUCAUCAUCUCCUGGAAGCAGCCAGCUGUGGACGGCGGGAGCCCCGUCCUGGGCUACUUCAUUGAUAAGUGUGAGGUGGGCACGGAUAGCUGGUCUCAGUGCAAUGACACGCCUGUGAAGUUCGCUCGUUUUCCGGUCACUGGAUUAAUAGAGGGCCGUUCCUACAUAUUCCGGGUUCGAGCUGUGAAUAAAAAUGGAAUAGGCCUACCCUCGCGAGUUUCCGAGCCUGUGGCUGCUCUGGAUCCAGCAGAGAAAGCUAGACUUAAAAGUCGCCCGUCAGCACCCUGGACAGGACAGAUCAUUGUCACGGAAGAGGAGCCCUCAGCGGGCAUUGUCCCCGGGCCCCCCACAGACCUCUCUGUCACUGAAGCCACCCGGAGCUACGUGGUCCUGAGCUGGAAGCCCCCUGGCCAGCGUGGCCAUGAGGGCAUUAUGUACUUUGUGGAGAAGUGCGAUGCGGGGACGGAAAACUGGCAGCGGGUGAACACGGAGCUCCCGGUGAAGUCUCCUCGCUUCGCGCUGUUUGAUCUGGCGGAGGGCAAGUCCUACCGCUUCCGCGUGCGCUGCUCCAACUCGGCAGGGGUCGGCGAGCCCUCGGAGGCCACCGAGGCGACCAUCGUGGGCGACAAACUUGAUAUCCCCCAGGCCCCUGGCAAAGUCGUCCCAAGCAGGAAUACAGACACCUCCGUGGUGCUUUCUUGGGAGGAGUCCAAAGACGCCAAGGAGCUGGUGGGGUACUACAUCGAAGCCAGCGUGGUGGGCUCCGGCAUGUGGGAACCCUGCAACAACAACCCUGUGAAGGGCACACGGUUUACGUGCCACGGCUUGACGACCGGUCAGAGUUACAUUUUCCGGGUCAGAGCAGUGAACGCAGCUGGACUUAGUGACUAUUCCCAGGACUCAGAAGCUAUCCAAGUCAAAGCUGCCAUUGGGGGCGCAGCGUCUCCAGAUGUGUGGCCCGACCUGCCCGCUGCUCCCGGUGGACUAACAGCCUCCCGGGGGGCUGCGCAUGGAGCCUCCCCGAAAAGCUGUCUGAGAGAUGCUUUGCCAGGUAGCAAACUUAACAAACCUGCACUGCCCAGCGCCCCUCACGACCUGGCCCGCACAGAAGCGAGUAAAGUAAGUGAGACAGUUGAGGAGGAGCCCACCCCAGCGCCCCGGAAGGCGGCUCCCAAGGGCCAGAGUGAGUCUGAGCCCCUGGAAAAGAAGAAGGACGCAGUAGCGGCACCGUCUCCACCCUGUGACAUCACUUGCCUUGAAAGCUUUCGUGACUCCAUGGUUCUCGGAUGGAAGCAACCAGAUAAGAGCGGAGGGGCAGAGAUCACCGGCUAUUACGUGAACUACCGGGAGGUAACCGAUGGGGUGCCGGGCCCGUGGAGAGAAGCCAACGUCAAGGCAGUCAGUGAGGAGGCCUACAAGAUUAGCAAGCUGAAGGAAAAUGUGGUGUACCAGUUCCAAGUGGCGGCCAUGAACAUCGCCGGCCUGGGGGCGCCAUCGGCCGUGAGCCAGUGCUUCAAGUGUGAGGAGUGGACCAUCGCCGUGCCCGGACCACCGCACAGUCUCAGGUACAGCGAGGUCAGGAAGAGCUCCCUGGUCCUGCAGUGGAAGCCCCCAGUGCAAUCUGGGAGGACCCCGGUCACUGGCUACUUUGUGGACCUGAAGGAGGCCACGGCCAAAGAUGACCAAUGGCGAGGACUCAACAAGGCUGCCAUUAAAAACACAUACCUCAAGGUGCAAGGCCUCCAGGAGGGUGUCAGCUACGUGUUCCGGGUCCGAGCCGUCAACCAGGCAGGCGUCGGGAAGCCGUCUGACCUCGCUGGCCCUGUCGUGGCAGAGACUCGUCCAGGAACCAAGGAGGUUGUUGUGAAUGUGGAUGAUGAUGGGAUCAUUUCGUUGAACUUCGAGUGUGAUCAGAUGACUCCAAAUUCAGAAUUCACCUGGUCUAAAGACUAUGUGCGCACCGAGGAUUCCCCGAGGGUGGAUGUCGAAAGCAAAGGCAAAAAGACAAAACUGACCUUCAAAGAUCCUGGGAUGGAUGACUUGGGCCUCUACUCCUGCGACGUGACAGAUACCGAUGGGAUAGCGUCGAGCUACUUAAUAGACGAGGACGAAUUGAAACGUUUACUUGCUCUCAGCCAGGAACACAAGUUUCCAACUGUCCCAGCUAAGUCAGAGUUGGCAGUGGAAAUUUUGGAGAAAGGUCAGGUCCGGUUUUGGAUGCAGGCUGAGAAGCUGUCUGGUAAUGCCAAAGUCAACUACAUAUUUAAUGAUAAGGAAAUUUUUGAAGGACCGAAAUACAAGAUGCACAUCGAUCGCAACACUGGCAUAAUCGAGAUGUUCAUGGAGAAGCUGCAGGACGAGGAUGAGGGGACGUACACUUUCCAGAUUCAAGAUGGAAAAGCGACAGGCCACUCCACGCUGGUGCUCAUCGGAGACGUUUAUAAAAAGCUCCAGAAAGAAGCUGAAUUCCAGCGGCAAGAAUGGAUCAGGAAACAAGGCCCGCAUUUUGCUGAGUAUUUGAGCUGGGAAGUGACUGGUGAAUGUAAUGUACUGUUGAAAUGCAAGGUGGCAAAUAUUAAGAAGGAGACUAACAUCGUGUGGUACAAAGAUGAGAGGGAGAUAUCCGUGGACGAAAAGCAUGACUUCAAGGACGGCAUAUGCACCCUGCUUAUAACAGAGUUUUCCAAGAAAGAUGCUGGGUUUUACGAAGUCAUCCUGAAAGAUGACCGUGGGAAAGAUAAAAGCAGACUGAAACUUGUGGAUGAAGCCUUCCAAGAACUGAUGACUGAGGUGUGCAGGAAGAUCGCUUUGUCAGCCUCAGAUCUGAAAAUCCAGAGCACCGCCGAGGGCAUCCGGCUAUACUCUUUCGUCACUUACUACCUGGACGAUUUGAAAGUCAACUGGUCCCACAAUGGGACAGGUAUUAAGUACACAGACAGAGUUAAGAGCGGGGUCACAGGUGAGCAGAUCUGGCUACAAAUCAAUGAGCCCACCCCGAAUGACAAAGGGAAGUACAUAAUGGAGCUCUUCGACGGCAAAACUGGGCACCAGCGGAUGGUGGACCUUUCUGGACAAGCGUACGAAGAGGCCUAUGCUGAAUUCCAGAGGUUAAAACAAGCUGCCAUUGCCGAGAAAAAUCGCGCCCGGGUGCUGGGCGGGCUCCCUGAUGUGGUCACCAUUCAGGAGGGCAAGGCCCUCAAUCUCACCUGCUCUGUGUGGGGCGACCCAGUGCCCGAGGUCUCCUGGCUGAAGAACGAGCGGCCGCUGGCCUCUGACGACCACUGCAACCUGCGCUUCGAGGCUGGGAAGACAGCCUACUUCACCAUCUCGGGUGUGAGCACAGCCGACUCCGGCAAGUACGGGCUGGUGGUGAAGAACAAGUACGGCUCGGAGACCAGCGACUUCACCGUCAGCGUGUUCAUCCCCGAGGAGGAGGCCCGGACAGCUGCAGCCGCACCUCAGAAGGGCGCCCCAAAAGGGGCCCCGAAGUCCAAGUGAGCGGAGGCCAGUGAGGGGGGCAAGAGGAGCUGAGAUGACCAUGCUGCGUGUGUGUGUGAGCGGUGUGAGUUAAGGAUCGGGAAGGACAGCUGGGUGUGGUGGUGCAGGCCUGUGAUCCCAGCACUUGGGAGGCUGAGGCAGGAGGAUCGUGGGGAGUUCAAGACCAGCCUGGGCUAGUGAGAGCUUGUCUCAUUUUUUUUUAAUGGUAAGGAGUCUUCUGACUUCUCUUCCCCAUGGAGAGCUGGGCUGGAAGAGAAAGUUGUUACAUCUUUUAUUCAUAUAAAAAAGCACCAACUAGUAA